AUGCGCAAGUUGACAGUAACGCCGCCUGUAGAGAAGCAUCUAAUUUGGAAGAAAUUGAAGUACUCCAAGCAUGGUAUCUAUCUUCCAGAUACUCUUCUCGCUCGACACAGAAAAACCGGCUUCGACGAAAAAGAGCUGCAUUAUAGAGUAAAGUUUAUUGAAGAAAAGAACCAGAUAAAAACGGGCGAACGACGAAUGAUGAGGAGGCGUGAAUGGAAAAAGCGACAGCUAAUGAAUGAUCAAGAGUUUCGAACGGGAAUAGUAACGAAAGUCUACACAAUUAAACCGAAGAAACCGAACUCGGGCAACAGAAAGAUCUGCAAAGUUCGCCUGCUAGGUGGCGAGCCCAAUGAAAAGACUCAGCAUCGAUUAGCAUAUAUUCCGAUGGAAAACCACAACGUGACCGAGCAUUCCCGCGUGUUGCUAUACUUCCAUCCGAAGCGUGAUUUGAUUGGAAUCAAGCUCCGAGUUGUCCGUGGUGUUUACGAUGUGAACAAGAAGCCCGGCGAAGGACCUAAGAAAAAUGCACCUAACCACCCUGCGCGACGUUCGGAAUUCUGUGAAAAAAUUUUAGCUGAAUGGUCGCCCGAGCCUGUUCCUGAUAUUUACAGGCAUAACUUCUAA